GAAAUAUAGUGUGCCUCUGAUUUAUCAAUGAUUAUGUUGCGUGCAACAGUUUGAUAAACGACAAUCAUUUGUUGUGCACGGAAAUCCUGUAGAGAUACCGAAGAGUCAAAGGGAGCUGUUCUGCAACAUCUAGUUUUGUGGACGGGCUGCACCAAUAGCACACAGCUCUUGCCAUCUUUGUGCUUGACUUUCUCCUCCCACCACUCUUGUGUGAGAAUUGCAGCGAGCCACCAGCCUAGGAAAAUCGGUUAUCCGAAUACUCCGUGGAAAGGGGGUGGCAAAGAAGAGCGAUUAGGCUGAAGAUACCCGUUUGGUGUCGAUUUCGUUUGGAAAAGUUGAUAAAGUUUAGUUCACAAUGUCUUUGUCUGUACCCCAGAAUGGAAUCAAGGCGGAUAACGAGCCCGUUAUCGAGCUCUUUGUGAAGGCGGGAAGUGAUGGCGAGAGCAUCGGGAACUGUCCGUUCUCACAGAGACUCUUCAUGAUCCUGUGGCUAAAGGGAGUGGUCUUCAACGUCACCACAGUGGACCUGAAGAGGAAGCCUGCAGACCUCCAGAACCUGGCCCCAGGCACACACCCUCCUUUCAUCACCUUCAAUGGGGAGGUCAAAACCGACGUCAACAAGAUCGAGGAGUUCCUAGAGGAUGUCCUCAGCCCACCCAAGUUCACCAAGCUUGGCACCAGACACCCUGAGUCCAACACAGCUGGGAUGGACAUCUUUGCCAAGUUCUCAGCCUUCAUCAAGAACUCCAAACCAGAUGCCAACGAGGGUCUGGAGCGUGGGCUGUUGAAGACCUUGCAGAAGCUGGAUGAGUACCUGCGUUCCCCACUGCCUGACGAGAUCGACCACAACAGCAUCGAGGACAUCAAAAUCUCCACUCGCAAGUUCCUGGAUGGUGACGAGAUGACACUGGCUGACUGCAACCUCCUGCCCAAGCUGCACAUUGUCAAGGUGGUGACCAAGAAGUACAGAGGCUUUGACAUUCCCAAGGACAUGACGGGCAUCUGGCAGUACCUGCAGAAUGUCUAUACGCGCGAGGAGUUCACCAACACCUGCCCCAGUGACAAAGAGAUUGAGAUCGCCUACCAAGACGUGGCCAAGAGGCUGGUGAAAUAGGGCUACUCCACCCCCCCCCCCAGCACUGGGACUGGUCUGUUCAGACACGAGAAAGAACUAUGAACUACCUUUCCUUCGCUCAUUUAAAACAAACCUAAUGCAUAAAUAUCUGGUCCUUCCGUUCCCUUAUUUUUUGGAAGAUUUCUUGAGUACAUGAAUCUCAAAGGUCCGUUGGUUAUUGCUUUUUUGUUUUCUUUCUGUUAUGAUGAUUGUUUCGAGGCGUCUGACUGGUGAGUUGGUCGUGCUACCUGCCAGAUUGGAUGCCGGCUAGUGUGUAUCCGAGCUUAUCAGUUUUGGAGGGCCAUCGAUACACACUAUAAAGUGGCCUUCCGGCUGACCCUCUGUUUCCACAAGGGAAUAUGGUCACAAGCGUUUUUUUUUCUGUUGUCUGUUCAAUAUUGAUUUGCAUUUCAUGCUUGCUAUGAAAGUAACCAUUACAAGACUGAUUUUGUGUGUUGGCUAAGGAGUUGGUUUAAACAGUGUUGAAAGCUUCAGUGUUUUUGGCUCUAGAGAGUAAAUGAGGGCAGGUGUCCCUGCAUGUACUGCAUUAGACACUAGGCCAAACCACAGUUGACAUAUCAGCGCGAUAUGCUUCAUUUUACUGUUGCGUUGCUUGAGUCAAUUGGUAUAACUAUAAUACAGGUAAGGCUACCUGUUGUCCACGUUCUGAUACGAUUUACUCCAUAACCUUGUAUGUGGACACAUGGGUGCAAACAUCCAUGACACUUAUGCUACCUGAGCUCAGUCUACAGUCGGCUCAGAUGUGCCAGGUCCCUAGAUUAGAUGUUUUCAGCUCAGAACAAGGGAACUUAAGAUGCGUGAAAUAUUAGAUACUAUGUAGCAAACAAACCCAACCAUUUUUAGACUUGUAUGGGAAUAAAAAACUGUCCUUCAUCACUGCAUUGCCUCAUAUCACUGCUCCAUAUAGACACUGACACUCUUGGCAGUAAUGCUCAAUUUGCCCAAAAUGAACAUGUUUUUUUCGCUCUCUGCUGUACAGUACGAAGGGAAAUCUUUAGCUUGUGUUGUGCUGGCAGCAGUGGUAGUUUUCUAUUACACUUCAGCCACCGAAAAGGGGACAUUUUAUUCGGGUCUCACUGUGGAUUGAAUGACUCCUGUUAUCUAAACUAGUGAAGUAACAAACACUCGUCAUCGUUCUCCUAUCGCAUACAGAAGAGCCCCAAUCAGCCAUCAGAAAAGGUGACACUAAAGAUAUUUAUGACGAUAGGCAUCGGGGAGAGGAGACCGGUAAUGUUAUGACUGUCAUUUAGGAUUUAAAUUUCUCAUUAUUUAGAAUGCUUUCAACGGUAGUGAGUGUAUUCUGUCAUAGUUUCAAAAUGCUUUAGUGUGGAUAAAGCAAAAAUGUCUUGUUUUUCUCCCCUUGUUUUGCUAUCCUUUCAGACAUUUGUUGUAAUACAAAUUUGAUAAGAGGAUUUGUAAAUAUUUGUUUUGAUUAUUCAGAGUUCAAUGUGUAAAUUGUAUACAUUAAUUGGUUGGUUUGAAUUGGGGGGGUGUGUAAGCCUUUUCUACCUGCUUGGGUUUUAGUACUAGAAGACAUCUCCUCUGGCCUUAUUUGUUUUCUCUUGCUUAGACGGUUUUCAAAAAUCACUGCAAUUACGACAUGUGUAUGUCAAUUUCAGAAGAAAAGAUCCAGGCUAUGUCAUGGCUUUUUUUUUUUUUUUUUUAACAAUAUUGACAUUAUUGAAAUAAACCUAUUAUUGGCA